UUGCUCUUGACUGUCAUGGUUCGCUUCAAGAACAGAUGGCUGCUGGUCGAGUUCAUCGCUGUCGUUGACUCCUCAACAACUGCUACUGCUCCCGCACUUGACGGCCAGAAGAUAUUUGCUGCUCUUCGGCAGAGCGUGUUAACAAACUUUGGGGACGUGGGUUGGGGCUCAGUGGGGCUGUCGCUGUCAGUCAAGUAUUAUUCCCCCAUGACCAACAUUUGUAUCAUCCGCGUCGGCCGGGAGCCCCAUAAGAUUGCGUGGGCUGCAGUCACAUUGCUCACUGCCAUCGAAGGUCGUCGCUACAUUCCAAAUGUUCUUCACCUCUCCGGAACUAUAAAACACACACAGCUAGCGGCGAUAACGCACAACAGAGAAAUAGUUGCACGCUUUCGAGCGCAAGCCAAGACAGCCAGCGCAUAUCAAGACUCUUAUGACGCAAAACUAGAAACUAUCAAUGCAGAAAUCCAAGCACUCCAGGAUUGA